ACUAGGACCUAGUCCAGGUGGCAAGGUCAGAGGAGGAGGUCCAGGCACGAAUUGCGUCUUCGUCAAGAUCACUCUGACUCUGUGUGAUCACAGUGAUUGGCAGUGGUGGCGCAAAAGGAGCUUCUUCUCGGAAACCGAUGGCUCAGAAGCUGUUUAAAUUGCACAAGGUUCUGCAGCAUUUGGAACGGCAGACAUGGCACUUGCAGGCAAUGUGGAAACACGUAGGCCCAGAUCUCGGCGUGGCCCUGCAAGCAGGCACGGCAGCGCCAGCACGGAUCAGCAAUCACUUCAGCACUUUUUCAGGACGAACACUUGCAAACAGUGCCAAUGGCUUCGCAGCAUGGGAAACUAUUACUGUUCAGCAACAGCCGCAGAACCCAUUGCAAAUGCUGCGGCGGUUCACAUCGUCUCCGACUCUGAAAGCUGCGGCUGAGGAGAGCGGGGCCGCAGCAAAGGAGGCCGGCAAAGAUAAGCCUAUACCGGAGGCAGCAGCCAGUACGUCAGGAGAACAGACGCCAGCUGCUACAGUGGCUAUGCGGAAGGGAAGAAUGUCAGGGCCGGUGUCCUGGGGGAGCCUCGCCCUGCUGCUGAUCACAGGAGCGGGCCUGCUGGCGUUCUAUGAUCGAGAGAAGCGACGGAAGCUGGAAACGGUCAAACAGGGUCCGUCCGUCGGGAAGGCAGCAAUUGGCGGUGCGUUUGAGCUCGUGAACCAGGAUGGGAAGAAGGUGACGGACAAGGACUUCAAGGGGAACUGGAACCUGGUCUACUUUGGCUUCACCUUCUGCCCGGACAUCUGUCCUGACGAGUUGAAGAAGAUGGCAGAGGCUAUCGACAAGGUGGAGACAAACAUCGGUGUCAAGGUCGUCCCUAUCUUCAUCUCAGUUGAUCCAGAACGAGAUAACGUGGAACAAGUGGGGCGAUAUGUCAAAGAGUUCCACCCCCGUCUCGUGGGGCUUACUGGAAGUGCUGAAGCGGUCAAGCAGGCUGCCAAAGCAUACCGGGUAUACUACAUGAAGACGGAGGAGGAAGGAGACGACUACCUGGUCGACCAUUCAAUCAUCCAGUAUCUUAUGGACCCGAACAUGGAGUUUGUCAAAUUCUUUGGAAAGAAUUACACAGUUGACACCUUAGCGGAGUCUAUAGCCGGCGAGAUCAAGGCCGCAGCGGGUUAAGCUGCUCAAUAAAGCGAUCCGGCUCUCGACAAUAAUUGCUCAGGAGUUCGAAUUUCAGGCGGCUUUCACCCAUUUGCCAAAGUAAGGGACGGAUGAUGUGAAUCUUUGCUGAGGGACCCGGACGCGCAACAUGUGGGUUUGGGGGCCACUGCAAUGCUUUGCAGGCCGAGUACUGAGAAGAUUUUUGGCCGAGGGUCCAAUCUUGCAUUCGGACAGGCAAGCAAGGCUGUCGAAUAUACUCAACGGUAAUCAUAGGAGACUGCAAUUAGCCCUCUGUCGUGGCCUGUGAUAUGGAAUGAAGUUGGCAUAGCUGGCAUCCGACGGCCGCUUAGUAUUACAUCCAUGUACGGGUCUUAGUACACGCGGUGCAGAUGGGGCCCUUGAUUGAUCCGGACGUCCGACAUCGUACGUCUCUGUCCCCAACUUACAAUGAUCCGACAGCUUGGACUGGGACGGAAUUGCACUAGACAGGUCCGCCCUCAUAUCCGGGUAGCCCAUGAGUCAGGACGGUUCAGAUCGUCCACAAGCGUACGUGCUAUGUACCUUUGAAGAUACCUAUAGCCACGGCCACAUACACUGGUUCGUCCAUCUUAGUAUAAGAAUGAUCUAGGAAAUCCACAGGUAGUUGUCACUUCGAUUUCAUGAACCGUCGGGCCAAGCACCAGAUUUGCA